UUGCGAAGGCACCCGUGCACGCCUCCGCCUUUACGUGUACGUACGUGGGGGAGGGGCACGUAAACAGAGAAUUGCAAAAAGGGAAGGGAGUGUUUCUUUCAUCUGAUAACCCAGUACAUCAAGAGACUACAAUCAUGCCCAUUCGGAGAAGAUCCGCUGUACCAACCAAAGGGGCAGCCAAGGCCAAAGCCCCUGAAGAAGAUGCCAAAGCUGAAAGUUCUGCUCCUGUAGAGGAGGAGAAAAAGAAAGAAGCAGCUCCCGCCGAACCAGCUCCGGCCAAACCUGCAAAUGAUGAAGAGAAGGCAGAAGAAGGAGAGAAAGAGACCGCACCGACCCCUGACGGUGAAGAGCAGGCCAAAACCGAUGGAGAGACUCCUGAUGAAGGAGAGAAACCGGAAGAGACGCCAGCUGAACAAGUGAAAAGCAAGAAGAAGAAGAAAGCUAAAGAAGUUGUAGCGAAUGCCGAAAAAGAUGGAGAUGACAAAGGCAAAAAGGUCAAAAAGAAGAUUCCUUCCUGGGCGACCAUCUCUGGGAAUAAAAUCACUACGACUAAUUUAUCCCAGCCCAGAGCUGAAGAAGUCAUCAUGGAGGCAAUAGAGAGUUGCAAAGAGCAGCGGGGUGGCGCAUCAUCAGUCACCAUCAUCAAGUUUGUGACAAAGAAAUAUCCAUCUGUGGAAAUGGACAAGAAGACUAAAACUCUCUAUAAAAAGGCCCUGAAGCGAAUGGUUGAGAAGGGGACUGUCAGACAGUUAAAAGGCAAGGGAUUCUCUGGAAGCUUCACCAUUGGGAAGAAGCCGGCUGCUUCUGCAGGGUCUAAGGAGACGCUGGGAGAAUCUUUGCCUCUGAUCAUCACACGUCUGUGUGAACCCAAAGAGGCUUCCUACAUCCUGAUCAAGAAAUACCUGGAGCAACACUUCCCACAGCUCAACGUGGAGAACAGGCCUGAAGUGCUGAAGACCUGCCUGCAAAAAUCUGUGGAAAAGGGCUACCUGGAGCAGAUCACUGGCAAGGGAGCUUCUGGAACAUUCCAGCUGAAAAAGGCAGGGAACAAGGUGCUCAUGGGUGGUGGGCUGCUGGAAGAUGCUGUAGUUGCCGCCAUCACUGCCAUGAACGAACCCAAGACCUGUAGCAUCACCACACUGCGAAAGUUUCUGGUGGAAAGGCAGCAGAAGAAUGGUUAUUUUCUCGUGUCUAACUUGAAGAGAACCUUGCAGAAGUGUAAGAUGAUGGGCUGGAUGGAGCAGAUUUCUGGUCAUGGACUCAGCGGAUCGUACCAGCUUAGCUAUCCGUAUUAUCCCAGCCCGGCGGUUCUGUUUCCAGAAAUGAUGGAAAAUCUCAAAAAGAAGGAGGAAGAGAAACUUAAGCGCAAGAGGAAAAUUGAAGACUCUGAAGAUGAAGACGACGAAGAGGAUGAAGAAGAAUCUGAUGAGGAAGAAUCGGAGGAAGACGAGCCUCCACGAAAAAGGAGGGCCCCAAGUGCAAAGCCCGCGUCUCGGUCUAAAGCUCGCCCGAGUAAGAGCAAGAGCAGAAAACCUGCCCCGGCAAAGAAACCAGCCAGCAAACCAGCUCCUAAGAAAGCCACACCCGUCAAAAAAGCCACACCGGUCAAGAAAGCUGCACCGACCAGCAAACCUAAAACACCGGCAGUCAAAAAGCUAACAAGCAGAGGAUCCAAACGACCGGCACCCAAGGCAGCUAAAGAAAAAGCUGAACCUGCUGUGAAAACCAAACCCGCUGCCCGCAAGUCGCUCCGAGCCAGGAAAUGAGUCGAUCCGAGACCAACUGUAUCUCUGUAGACUGCAGUGCUGGCUAUUUUCUCCUCGUAUUGUUUUAUAAAAUCUUUUGUGUUUUCCUCGUCUAUGGGCCUCUGAUUGAAGAUUUUGACCUGUUUUCCUAAUACAGCCAUUUUUGUUCAAUAUUUUUAAAUAACAGGUAAAGAGUAUGACUACUGUUCGUGUUAAGGGUUUUUAAGAAGGAAUGGUCAAUUCACCUCUGUUCACCAUUGAUAAAUCAGUUAGUCUUUCUAGAGAGGCGAACAUUUUAGUUGUCUAGAUGCCUCUUUCUUUCGAUUCGAGACUCCCAUCAAUGUUAAAGGAAGUUCUCUUAAUAAGUUUUCUUUAACUUUUUUGGUCAUGUUUUGUGAAAUUAGGUCUUUAGCUACUGUUGUAUUAUAUAAAAAAAAAACGAGUUUUGUUGCUGUUGGUUGCUUCGUGUAAGUCAAGAGAUUAUUAACUUCUAACUUACAAAGUCUACCUAAAUACAUAAUUGAAGUUCAGAUUUGAUUAAGUAUCAUUAAAGAAAUUUUGGCACCCA